CACAGUUAUGGUGAUGGCUGAUAUAGGCUAGAUCCAUAAGAAAAGCAUUUGAAUUUAAUUUGGCUAAAAUUUAAUGGAUUGCGAAUUCUUCUGGGGAUGAGUGCUAUAUCUUCCUUUCCAGUUUUUGCUCGAAAUAUGUCCUAAGACUUUUGCAGACCAGUCCUUGCUAAUUUAGUUUUUCCCCCUUCAUAGUAUAAUUAUCCAUUAGUUGCCUGAUUUAUAUCAAAAGUAUAGUUUGAUAUUUUUUUUGUAUGUUAUGCUAUUAAAUUAUUCUCAGCCAGAUAACUUGGAAAUUUGAGGCUACAAGUUCUGAAUGAUGAUGCUCCAUUACUCCAAAUGUCUGCUUAUUUUUUCUAACAAGCAUAAUUUUUCUGUUACUUUACUAAAAAACCCCUUAUAUGUUUUGAGGAGAUAUCAUCUAUCUUUCCUGGUCACAUAAUGGGUCACAUUUUCUAAUGCAGAAACAAGGGCAUUCAGUUUGUUCCAAUUGAUCUGAGAAGAGCUUUAUCAGAGCAAGGUCCAUUCAAUGUUGUUUUACACAAGGUCCUAUGGUACGAAGACUUCCAGGGAUGUGCAUCUCUUUCUAGUCUUCAAAUUUAGAGGGGAAGGACUGGUCCCAGGCUAUUGAGAAUUUUUGCUCUCUCCGUCAUGAUUCAUGACCAGAUAGAUGUGCUUGGUCCCUGAGGAUCAAACAAAUGAGGAUUGUUCUUUUCGGGAUCUAGUAUACUUGUGCAGCAUCUUUCUUUCAGUCUCAUUCUACUUCAUUUUUCCAUUGAAGGAUUAUCAGAGAUUACAUCCGGAGGUGACCGUUGUUGAUCCUCCUAGUGCCAUUCAGCAUUUACGCAACCGUCAGUCGAUGCUUGAGGUGGUUGUUGACCUGAAAUUGCCUGAAUCUUAUGGCAAGGUUUGCACUCCAAGGCAGUUGGUGAUUCCAAAAAACCCUACUUCGGUACCAGAUGAAGUCGUUAAAGCAGGAUUAACUGUACCUCUUGUUGUGAAACCACUUGUAGUGGAUGGAAGUGUAAAGUCUCAUGCGCUCUUCCUUGCAUAUGAUCAUAUUUCCCUAUCUGAACUGGAAGCUCCGAUGGUUUUGCAGGAGUUCAUUAAUCACAGUGGUGUACUCUUUAAAGUUUUUAUUGUUGGUGAGUCUAUUAAAGUUGUCAGGCGUUUCUCUCUGCCUGAUGUAACUGAAAGGGACAUAUCAAGAAUUUCUGGGGUGUUUGGCUUCCCAAGGGUUUCUGGUGCUGAUUCUUCUGCGGAUGAUGUAGAUCUGGAUCCUGCUGUUGCUGAGCUUCCUCCACAGCCUUUGCUUGAGAUAAUUGCAAGAGAGCUCCACCAUCGACUGGGACUUCGGCUGUUCAAUAUAGAUAUCAUUCGCCAAAAAGGGACCAAAGAUCUGUAUUACAUCAUCGAUAUCAAUUACUUCCCUGGGUACGGAAAAAUGCCGGAAUACGAGCAUAUAUUCACAGAUUUUCUUGUUAGCCUUGCGCAGAGCAAGUGUAUAGAGUGAGUGACAUGGUGCAUGGCUGUUGGGAAGAGUAGAUAUUGUACAUUGUGUCUGCUUGUAAAUCUGUUUGAGACUCUACUUUCCUGUUAUUAGCAGAAUUGCUGGUUCUCGUAGUUUACCAAUUUAUCUUGCCAUCCAUAUCCACAUUUGGGCUCUGUUCCUUUGUUGCAAAUAUUUCUUCAUUAUCCGAAUUUUGGUUAUAUCAUAAUCACAUUGGGGUUUUAUUUCUUCA